ACAUACACACACAAUCUCUCUCUCUCUCUCUCUCUCUCUCUAUCUAUAUAUAUAUAUAUAUCUAUACGCAUCGAGUGUAAACUAUAUCUCCAAACUAUCACAGCUUCUUCUCCAUGGCUACUAAGAACCAUUCUGUUAUUGGCUUAGUCCUUGUGGUUGCUCUGCUAGUGGUUAGCUUGAAAUCUGCAGAUGCCCAAAUAGGAGUUUGUUAUGGAAUGCAAGGUGAUGGACUACCACCCAAACCAGAAGUUGUGGCACUUUACAAGCAGAACAACAUCCGAAGAAUGCGACUCUAUGAUCCGGACCAAGCUGCUCUUCAAGCACUGGGAGGCUCCAACAUUGAGGUCAUUUUAGGUGUCCCAAACACUGAGCUUAAAAAUCUUGCUGCAAGCCAAGCCAAUGCCGAUUCAUGGGUCCAAAGGAAUGUAAAAAGCUAUCCUACCGUCAAAUUCAAGUACAUCGCGGUAGGAAAUGAAGUCGAUCCACCAAAUCGUCAGUUUGUGCUCCCAGCUAUGAAAAAUGUGCGCAAUGCAAUAGGAACCCAAAUCCCAGUUUCCACUGCCAUUGACACUACUCUCAUUCAAGACUCGUACCCUCCAUCCAAAACAAUUUUUAAGCCUGAUGUUCGAUCAUUUAUUGAUCCCAUCAUUGGGUUCCUAGCGAACAAUAAUGCCCCGUUACUUGUUAACUUGUACCCAUAUUUUGCUCACAUAGGCAACCCCAGGGACGUUCCCCUCGAUUAUGCUCUUUUUAAAGCACCUUCUGGAGGGUACCCUAAUCUUUUUGAUGCCCUCUUGGAUGCUGUUUAUUUUGCACUUGAGAAGGCCGGCGGCGCUUCCCUGAGAAUUGUGGUCUCGGAGAGUGGUUGGCCUUCAGCCGGUGGCGAUGCGACCACGAUUGAUAAUGCAAGGACUUAUAACAACAAUUUGAUUCAGCAUGUCAAGGGAGGCACUCCUAAAAAGCCUGGUCCUAUAGAGACUUACGUGUUUGCUAUGUUUGAUGAGAGUCGAAAGAGCCCAGAAUUUGAGAAGCAUUGGGGACUUUUUCUUCCAAAUAAGCAACCCAAGUACCCAGUUAAUUUCGCUUAGGUUAUAAAUUAGAGGAACAGUGGCAUUGUGCUUAUGUAUUACUAUCUUGAAUAAGGGGGCUUCUUUAAACAGUUUAUGUACCUUACCCCCC